AUGAGAAAGAAUCUUACACCCCUUGAUACUUUAUCCGUUAAAUCAACAUCUUCUCCUCAACAACAACAACAACAUGGAGAUCAUUUUCAACAUCCAACAACCACUCCAACACUCAAAAUGCCUCGUUCCGAGUCUCAAUCAUUUCUGAAUAUUGCUGAUACGAGCUCGGGGGAGGUAGUGAGCACCAAUUUCAACACACAACCAUUUAGUGAUAAGGCUGCUUGGUUUAUUUAUAUACUUGUGUUGUUUUUGUCUUAUUGGGCUUUGUUUUUGGGAUGUUUGAUUUAUAGCAAAGCAAUUUCAUAUUUGAAUGAUUCAAUGAUCAAUGCCACUAUUUGGACAGCUUUGAAUUGUCUUCAUUCCAUUUGCACACUGAUUCUUUUUCACUGGAAGAAAGGAUCUCCCUACGACCUUUCCAUUCAUUUACAGGAUCAAUCAAAAUUGACUUUUUGGGAACAAUUGGACAAUCAAAAGCAAUUCACUCCUACUCGUAAAUUCAUGUUUGCUAUUCCAUGUGUAUUGUUAUUGCUUACGUCUUGGCAUGUUGGAGACAGCCUCGCCUUAUUAUUUGUGAAUUUUGUUUUCACCCUUAUUGUAGUUCUUGCUAAAUUACCAAGUUUCCACAGAAGGAGACUUUUUGGAAUCAAUGAGUAA